AUGUCGAAUUUAUCCCACGCAAAGAUUGUCCCUCGCCCGUCGAAAACCAGAGGCGCAGCCAACCAUGGCUGGCUCGACACCAAGCACACCUUCUCCUUCGCCGGGUGGUAUGAUCCCAGAUACAACAACUAUGGGUCCCUCCGCGUACUGAACGAAGACCGUGUCAUGCCUGGUGAGGGGUUUCCCACACACUUCCACCAGAACGCCGAGAUCUCCUCCUAUAUUCUCUCUGGCGAAUUGACACACCGUGACUCGAUGCAAAAGAAGGGCGCAGAAAGCAAUGACAAGGACAAAUUUUUCCGGUUACACCGUGGAGACGUCCAAUUCACCACUGGCGGCAGGGGCAUUUCUCACAGCGAAUAUAACGAACACGACAAGGAUUGGGUUCACUUCUUGCAGAUCUGGGCAUUGCCGUGGAAGAGGAACCUCCCGCCAAUCUAUCACACCAGAACAUUUGCUGAACAAGACAAACGCAAGGGUUUCGUUACCAUCAUCACGCCUCUAAAAGCGGGCCCUAAGGCGACCUUGGAAGAAGAAAAGGCAGCAGUCCCAACCAAGGAGGGUACCAUACCUAUCCAUGCCGAUCUCAUGUUCAGUGCUGGUAUUAUUCCAACCGGCAACGCAUUCAACUAUACGGUUGGAGGCGGGGAUUUGGUCACGUCCAGAUCCGACCGCAAAGUGUACAUCCACCUUCCCGAAACGAAGGGUGGAAAGGCCAAGAUCAGACUGGAUGGCCGAGACGACGCCGUUCUCACAGAAGGAGAUGGUGCAUAUGUGAGUCAUGUCAAUGCCGGUGAUGUGCUCAGUGUUGAAAGCAUAGGAGAUGCAGAGGCAGAGGUCGUAGUUAUUGACAGUUCGUCCAAUGACGAGUGA